AUGCGGUUAGAAGAGAUGCCAUUGCGUUUAAGCUCGGACGAGCGGGAUUUUGAAAUGGACGAGGAAACUGAUUAUCUUCUUCAGCCUUCCGAAGAUAGUAUACGACUCCUAACUUCGAGAAGGCGACGAAUCAACGAUUGUUCCCUAUUUUUCAAGAAUGUUCUUUGCGGAUGUUGCACCUGGAUGUGGAGGAGGUGUUGUAGAGAACGUGAAUUAAGAGCCAGAGUUAUUCACAUCGGUCAGUCCAUGCAUGAAAAAUUUCCAACAAAUGUCAUAAGAAAUCAGAAAUACAAUGUAGUCACAUUUCUGCCAUUGGUUCUUUUCCAACAAUUCAAAUUCUUCCUGAAUCUGUACUUUUUGCUUAUGGCAAUAUCUCAAUUCAUACCAGACAUACGAAUAGGGUACUUGUACACAUACUGGGGACCAUUGUGUUUUGUGCUAACUGUUACCAUUUGCCGAGAGGCAAUCGAUGAUUUCAGACGAUAUAAAAGGGACAAAGAAGUUAAUGCCCAGAAAUAUUACAGACUGGUUAAAGGUUUCGAGGUGCCAGAAUUGGUACCAAGCUCCAAGUUGAAAGUAGGCGAUUUGGUAAUCGUCGAAAAGGGUCAGCGAGUCCCGGCGGAUUUGGUCUUGCUGCGUACGACUGAAAAAUCCGGAGCGUGUUUCGUCAGAACCGAUCAAUUGGAUGGAGAGACCGAUUGGAAAUUGCGGCUGGCUGUACCCGUUACACAAAAAUUAGAAAGCAACUCUCAAUUGUUUGAUAUACGAGCGAGUAUCUACGUUGAGAAACCACAGAAGGAUAUUCACAGCUUCAUAGGAACGUUCACGAGAGGCGACGGAUACAGCACCGAAGAAAGUUUAGGUGUAGACAAUACAUUAUGGGCAAAUACGGCUGUUGCGUCGGGUUCGGCUCUCGGCGUUGUAGUAUACACAGGACAGGAAACCAGAUCUCUCAUGAAUCAUUCGGCUCCGCGAUCGAAAGUGGGCUUAUUGGAUCAAGAAAUAAACCAAUUGACAAAGGUCUUGUUCUGCGCUGUGAUCGGACUUGCGCUAGUAAUGAUGUCUUUAAAGGGAUUUAAUGGGCCAUGGUACCGUUACAUGUUUCGUUUCGUUUUAUUGUUUUCCUACAUAAUCCCUAUCAGUUUGAGAGUAAAUUUGGAUAUGGGAAAAGCCUUCUAUGCAUGGUGCAUACAAAGAGACAAAGAAAUUACUGGAACGGUCGUAAGAACGACCACCAUACCGGAGGAACUCGGCCGUAUUUCGUACCUGUUGAGCGACAAAACUGGCACGUUAACGCAGAACAAAAUGGUUUUCAAAAAGCUACAUCUGGGCAUGAUAUCUUACGGUCAAGAAACAUUUGACGAAGUGAUGAACGUGCUGAAGGCAUGCUACACUACUACCUCGGAAACUUCGCCGAUGAAACAGGCAGCGUCUGUGCACAGUGGAAAAGUAAGACGAUCGGAGAGUACUAGGAUAUACGAUGCAGUACAUGCUUUAGCGUUAUGUCAUAACGUAACACCGGUUUACGACGAAGUAACUAAACCCACGAACUUGGACACAGUCAGUGUACAAACCGGAGAGACGGAGGAUUCUGGUUCCAUUCAAAGCCAAACUGAAGCGGAUCAGCAUUAUUAUUUACCAGAGCAAAACCGGAAUUAUCAAGCUUCCAGUCCGGACGAAGUAGCGUUAGUUAAAUGGACGGAAGAAAUGGGAUUGGCUUUAGUAAAGCGAGAUUUGAAUUUUAUGCAACUGAAAGCUCCAAGCGGGAAAAUUUUAAACUACACGAUUCUACAAAUAUUCCCGUUCACAUCCGAGACGAAAAGAAUGGGAAUAAUAGUGAAAGAGGAGUCCAGUUCUGAAAUAGUGUUUUAUCUGAAAGGAGCGGACGUAGUAAUGUCCGGGAUAGUGCAAUAUAACGAUUGGCUGGAAGAAGAGUGUGGCAACAUGGCUCGUGAAGGUUUAAGAACACUCGUUGUUGCCAAGAAAAAUUUAACGGAAGAACAGUACCUCGAUUUUGAAGCAAGGUACAAUGCAGCGAGAAUGAGUGUUAGCGAUCGGGGUCCCCGAGUUGCCGCAGUAAUCGAGAGUUUAGAAAGGGAAAUGGAGUUACUAUGCGUAACUGGAGUCGAAGACAGACUGCAAGAUAAAGUGAGGCCAACAUUAGAACUUUUACGAAAUGCUGGAAUCAAGAUUUGGAUGCUGACAGGGGAUAAGUUGGAAACGGCGACUUGUAUAGCAAAAUCUUCGCGUUUAGUCUCAAGGACACAAGGUCUUCACGUUUUCAAAUCCGUGAUAACGCGAGCGGAUGCACAUUUGGAGUUGAACACGUUUCGCAAAAAGCAAGACUGUGCCUUAGUUAUCAGUGGAGAUUCUCUGGAAGUAUGUUUGCAGUACUAUGAACAAGAAUUUCUGGAACUAGCCUGCGGUUCACCCGCUGUUGUCUGCUGUCGAUGUUCUCCCACGCAAAAGGCCGAAGUCGUCAGUCUUAUUCAAAGACAUACGGGAAAACGAACCGCAGCUGUUGGCGAUGGUGGAAACGAUGUGUCCAUGAUACAAGCUGCAGACGCUGGCAUAGGUCUUGAAGGUCUUGAGGGAAGGCAGGCAUCUUUGGCCGCAGACUUCUCCAUUUCCCAGUUCAGUCAUUUGGCUAACCUUUUACUGGUUCACGGCAGAAGAAGUUACAAACGUUCCGCUGCUUUAAGUCAGUUCGUUAUUCAUCGUGGCUUAAUUAUUUCAACCAUGCAAGCUGUGUUUUCUGCGGUGUUUUAUUUAUCUUCGGUAUCCUUGUAUCAGGGAUUUUUAAUGGUGGGCUACGGAACGAUAUAUACAAUGUUUCCAGUAUUUUCUUUGGUAUUGGACAAAGACGUGUCAGGAAAAACUGCGCUCACUUAUCCGGAACUCUAUAAAGAACUUAGUAAAGGUCGAUCAUUAUCCUACAAGACAUUUUUCAUGUGGAUUUUGAUAAGCAUAUAUCAAGGUGGAGUUAUAAUGUACGGUGCGCUUAUAAUGUUUGAGGAUGAAUUCAUUCAUAUAGUAGCCAUCAGUUUCACGGCUCUCGUUUUGACGGAAUUAAUUAUGGUAGCUUUGACUAUCAGAACGUGGCAUUACAUUAUGAUACUUGCGGAGAUAUUCUCCUUGGCGUUUUAUUUGUUGUCUCUAAUCGUUUUAAAGGACUACUUCGAUGCUGAAUUCAUCAAGACUACAGACUUCUUGUGGAAAGUAUUGUUAAUAACUUUAAUUUCGUGCAUGCCAUUGUACAUUUUGAAAUUCUUACGAAAGAAGUUCUCACCUCCUAGUUACACUAAAUUAUCGUAAGUUUCGGGUACAAUAAUCUCAAUAUACGAAAAUACAUCGUACGGAAAGUUGAAAAUCUAUCUGUUUCGCACGAAACAGAUACAAAAACAGAGUUACAACUUAUUAUUUUCGAUUUUUGAUUCGAGUCCUUUGCUCAGUAUCAUACAGAUAAACUUCCAUUUUGCAAAUGUUCGCACUAUUUUUCUAAUUAUCCUACCGGUAGUCAACUACGACAGAUUCUACAAGUUCGAUGUUAAAUCGUAACUGUAAACAAAAUUUACGAACUUUCUGUAUACUGUUAUUCAGUUAUUACAAUGAGCGUUUCAA